AAAAAAAAAAAAAAAAAAAAAAAAAAAAUAGUACCCCUUAUUCAGAAAUGAUUUAGAAGUGACAGUUAGGAAGACAAAUGCAGGAGAUCCGAAAAUUUAACACCCCUCCUGCCCCUCAUGGCGACAUGCCUUGGCCCCCCCAGAGGUUACCCAGACCCCCAUCAAUGAUAACUGAAUGUUCGAGCUUGCUCCUAGUUGCACUUGCAUGUGGUGUAUGUGUAUGUGUAUGCUGUAUGCCAAGAAAAUAAGGACUGGAUAAGUUCACAUUCGGAGAUAGAAAUGUCCACAGGUGGCGGGGGUGGUGAUUUAGGUACGUGUAUAACGUACCUAACGUAGUAUGUAAGUUAUACCUAAUUGUUGGAGGGGAAGAGAAGAGAGAAAAAAAACUCGUGGCCAACAAUACGAAUAAUUCGAUUUCACUAUCAAUGGAAAGCAUUCGAUAGGCAGAAUUCCAUUGGCGGUAAGCAUUUUCGUCAUAGCUGAGGAGCUAACCAGGUUAAUGUUACUCAGGUAGUCCUAGU